CGUUGCCCGUAUGUUGUAGACUGAGAGUGGAUAGUAUGCGGCUGCUGAUUCAUAAUAUGCUGAUGUCUCGCGUUAAAGGAGUGAAGAAAGGUUACCCAUUUGGCAUAAAGGCAACCAAAGUUGAGGAGAAAAGUGUAGAUUUCAAUGCAGAAUUUAUUGCUAGAAUAAUUUCCAGAAUUGAGUGGGAAGCAUUGGAACAAGCUGCAGAAAGUAUUGGUGUUUCAGAUCUUCCCAAAGAAGUAGUACCUGAAUAUGAGAAGAAUGAGGAGUUUCUGAGACUAGCACAUCAUGCACUUAUGGAGGUUGAAGUGAUUGAAGGUUGUCUUGUCUGUCCAGAAAGUGGUCGGGAGUUUCCAAUCAAAGACGGCAUACCAAACAUGUUACUGAAUGAGGAUGAAGUGUAGACUGACAAUAGUUUAGUGAAUGGUUUUUCAGAGCAAUAGACACAAAGACGGUUGUAUUACCAUACAUUGUCUACAUAAUUUGUCACGUGAUUAUAGCGCGCGUUAAUGUGGA